AUGAGCUGUAUUCACGUCUCUGAAGCUCGUUUGCAAGCUCCCAGAGCUACCCAGAGUGUCCACCGCGAAGAUUGUACCCAGUGUUUUGAUGGAAUUGAUGACCUAGAAGGGCUGAACGUUUGCCUCUCUUGUUUUAAUGGCGGAUGCGCAGGAGACAGGAAUCACGCAUUGCUUCACAGCAGACUCACACAACAUCCAUUGGUUUUGAACAUUAGAAGGACUAAAAAACCAAAACCCGAGCGUGAUGAACCGCCAAAGAAAGUUUCAAAGCUUGCUAUUGAGGCUGAGAUGGAAAGUGACAAGUAUGAUACUCAUACUGCCGUCAUUUGUUAUGAAUGCGGUGGGAAUGAAGUGGAUAGGGCGACUGGUAAUCUACCUGAAGUCAUCGAUGGAGUCAUGUCUGCAAUGACGUUCGCAACGCAAACCGAAGUUCAGGCAUGGGAGCAAGAAAUCACAGCCUGCGAGCACACUCUCUGCUUAGCACAAGAUACAGCCAAGGAGCUUGAAGCCAUGAGUCUUGCACAUUGCUCAUCAUGCGAUCUGAAAGAAAAUCUUUGGCUCUGUCUUCAAUGUGGAAGCCUUAACUGUGGACGCGCACAAUUCGGCGGUGUCGGCGGAAACUCUCAUGGCCUUGCUCAUUUCGAGUCCACCAAGCAUCCGGUAGCUGUUAAGUUGGGCUCUAUCACCCCUGAAGGGACCGCAGAUGUUUAUUGCUACUCCUGUAAUGAUGAGAGAACGGAUCCGGAGCUUGGUCCGCAUCUAAAACAUUGGGGAAUCAAUAUCGCUGAACGACAGAAGACCGAAAAAUCGCUUACUGAGAUGCAAAUCGAACAAAACUUGAAAUGGGAGUUUUCUAUGACAACAGAAGACGGAAAAGAGCUGAAACCACUAUUUGGGAAAGGUCUUACUGGAUUGAAGAAUCUGGGAAACUCAUGCUAUCUGGCGAGUAUCUUGCAGUGUCUUUUUGCACUGCCAGCUUUUCAAAAGAGGUACUACGAUGUCAUUACCUCGAAAGGUAUGCCCGAUAAUAUAAAUCCAGCGGAAGAUUUAGAAACACAGCUUCGGAAGGUUGCAGAUGGGCUUUUGUCUGGGAGGUAUUCGAACUCGGACUCAGAUGUAGUAGCCAGUGAAUACUCGACAGAGCUCCCACAUCAGAAGGGACUUGCGCCUGCAAUGCUCAAGGCACUUAUCGGAAGAGGUCAUGAGGAAUUCUCUACAAUGCGACAACAAGAUGCUUUUGAACUUCUUUUGCAUCUCUUCAAACUCAUUACACGUUCCGCUCACCCUGCGGAAUUGAAAGAUCCUGUUUCAGAUUUCAAAUUUGUGCUUGAGCAACGGUUACAAUGCAUUUCUUGUAGGAAGGUCCGGUAUAGAACUGAUGUUCAAGAUAAUAUCUCGGUCCCUGUGCCAGCGAGGAGGACUGGUAAAGUGACUUCGAGUGACGGGAAGGAAACCAAGGAUAUUUUCGAGCCGAUCACAAUCAAGGAAUGUCUCGACAUCUUCACUUCUAAAGAAGUAGUUGAGUUUACUUGUCCCAACUGUGGAAAGGGCAACGCUACUAAACGUAUUGCCUUUAAGACUUUUCCUGAGGUGCUAGCAGUCAAUUGCAGACGCUUUGAGCUUGUUAACUGGGUUCCAACUAAACUUGAUGUUCCUGUUGUUGUCGGAGAUGAGCCCUUCCUAUUAGAUUCUUACAUCUCUAAAGGCCCGACCCCCAAUGAAGAGAUUCUUCCCGAAGAUGCGGAACCCUCAGCUGCUGGAUUCGCGGCCAACGAAGCUGCUAUGGCUGACCUCGAGGCCAUGGGAUUUCCUCGUGCACGAUGUGAGAAGGCCCUUUACAAAACGGGCAAUACCGACUCAGAAUCGGCCAUGAACUGGCUCUUUCAACAUAUGGAAGAUCCGGACAUAGAUGAACCUCUAGUCAUAGACCAGCCAAAAGAAGGUGGGGCCGAGCCCAGCGCGGAGCAAAUUGAAAUGCUGGGAGCAAUGGGAUUCACUGCGAAUCAGGCUAGGAAGGCGCUCAAAGAGACUGGCGGAAACAUGGAAAGAGCUGUUGAAUGGGUAUUUUCUCAUCCCGAUGAUUUGGGUGACGUUGAUGAAGUUAUGGCGGGAACAAGCCCUGAUCCCAAAGAGAAAGAGGAGCCUGGAAGGGCUGAAACCCCAGCUGAAUUUCAAUUGCAUAGCAUUGUCUGUCAUAAAGGGAGUAGUAUUCAUGCAGGACAUUACGUAGCGUUUGUAAGAAAGGAACUUGAAGGCGAGGGAGACGCGUGGGUCCUGUUCAAUGAUGAGAAGGUGGUGAGGGCUGUAGAUGUUGAAGAGAUGAAAAGGUUUGCAUAUGUCUACUUCUUCAAAAGGAAUUAG